GUUUCUGCUUGAGAUGGCGCAACGAUAGCGAAAUCUGUCAGUUGCGAAUCAAUGUCAAGAUCAUAUGUUUGCUGGGUUUGCUGUCAUAACAAAAAAAUUCCCAUUUUCGCAAAGCGGUUGUGCAGUCGUGUUUCGAAUUACAUAAUUUUAAGAAUAGGCAAUGAUUCGGAAUGUUUUGAACAGAACAGCUCCGGUCUUGCUGGGAGCUGCUACCGUGGUUAAAGCUGACGGUAGCAACUUAACAGGAGAGGCUGAUGCAAAAUCAAAGCAAAUCAUUUGUAAACCAUCUGAACUACCACUGUACCGACCGAUCAAUCAACAAAUUACCUGCGAAUGCGAAGGCCACAAGAAAGAAACGUUGUCCAAGCCAGAGCAGCUGAUUGAGGAUGGAAUCCGAAUGGUGCGUGAGCAGAUUUUUGAAGCGUCGCAUCUUUUUACCGACCAGAAAAAUCAAGCUGUUCAAUGGUACGAAGAUGGGAAGAAACAAACGAAAUUCAUUCGCGAUUACCUAAAUGAGGAGGAUAAUACACUGCCUCGUGUCGGUGCUAUCGUAAUCGGUGGUAUAUCCGGUCUCAUCUUUGGGCUUCGCAGGGGCUUCUUCCGCCGGCUGCUGUACAGUUCGAUUGGUGCAGGUGGUGUUGCUUCGGUCUGCUACCCACAGGAAGCGGAAAUGUACGCUCAGCAUGGGCUAGUGGAGGCGAAGAAAUAUGCCACCAUUGGGUAUAACUUUGUGUACGGCGUGAAACCCGGUGAUAAGCAACUGGAACUACCAACAAUUCCGACAAGUUUAGAUGAAUUGAAGAACAGUAUGACCGGCUUUGCGAGAUCUGCUUACGAUGCGGUAUUUCCAGACAAGAAGUGAUGCUUUUAGGCGGCUAUCGGUUUUUGAUUGAAUAAAUUGCAGUCAUUAGUUGAACAACAUAAAA